AUGGGCAAGGGCGGCGGCUGCGUGUUCAGCAAGGGCCAGCGCCUCCCGCUCCCCCCGCACCGCCGCGACCGCACAUUCAUCCCGGCCCCUGCCACCACCGCAUCGGAGCCGACCCCGGCCACCACCGCGCCAGAGCCGACCCCGGCCACCGCCGCGCCGGCGCCACGCCAGGUCCGUAUCUACGUCGUCUUCUACUCCAUGUACGGGCAGGUGCGGCGCCUGGCGCGGGCGGUGCAGCGCGGGGUGGGGUCCGUCCCGGGCGCGCUGGGGAUCCUGCUGCGCGUGCCGGAGACCCUGCCGCGCGCCGUGCUGGCCAGGAUGGGCGCGCUGGAGGCCGCCGCGGAGAUGGACGCGGAGGGGAUCCCCGUGGCGGACCCCGGCGGGCUCCCCGACGCCGACGGGUUCCUCUUCGGCUUCCCCGCGCGGUACGGCGCCAUGGCCGCGCAGAUGCAGGCCUUCUUCGACUCCACCGCGCCGCUCUGCCGCGGCCAGCGCCUCGCCGGCAAGCCCGCCGGCUUCUUCGUCAGCACCGGCACCCAGUGCGGAGGCCAGGAGACCACCGCGUGGACGGCGAUCACGCAGCUGGCGCACCACGGCAUGCUGUUCGUGCCCAUCGGGUACACCUUCAGAGAGGGGAUGUUCGAGAUGGAAGAGCUCCGCGGGGGCUCGCCGUACGGCGGCGGGGUGUUUGCCGGCGACGGCUCCAGGCCGCCCAGCGAGCUGGAGCUGGCCCUCGCCGAGCACCACGGCAGGUACAUGGCCACGCUGGUCAAGAGGAUGGUGCACGGCGCCGAUGCCUGA